UCCUUAGCAUCUGUCCGUACAAAGUAACUGCCAUCUGUUCACUUGUCAACACAGGAAGUACAACAUGGUAGCAAGAGAACCAGUAGGUGUUCUAGUUCUUCACAUUCUUUGCCUUCUGUGUGGUACCAACCUUUGUUUGCCAACUGCAAGGAUAUUAGACUUUGAUGUAGACGGUGGACGGGACCUCGACAUUUUUGACAUCAAUGAAGAGGCAGGGCUGAAUCUGGUAGAGGGGGACAUUGUGUUUAAUGAGUCAGAAACUCGGAAUUCCAUCAUAGGAGAUGAGUACAAGUGGCCACAAACUGUUCCUUACUACAUGGAAGAUGAUUUAGAGAUCAAUGCAAAAGGUGUGAUUCUUAAGGCCUUUGAGCAGUAUCGCCUCAAGACCUGCAUUGACUUCAAGCCAUGGAGCGGAGAAGAAAACUACAUUUCCAUCUUCAAAGGAAACGGCUGUUUCUCCUCUGUUGGUAACCGGAAAGUCAGGAAGCAGAGGUUGUCAAUAGGAACGAACUGUGACCGCAUUGCAACUAUAGAGCAUGAGUUCCUUCAUGCUCUGGGCUUCUGGCAUGAGCAGUCCAGAUCAGACCGAGAUGACUAUGUGCAGAUCAUGUGGGACCGCAUCUCAGAAGGUAAAAAGCACAACUUCAACAUGUAUGAUGACACCAUCUCUAGCUCUUUGGGUGUAUCCUACGACUACAACUCCAUGAUGCACUACAGUAAAAACGCUUUCCAGAACGGCUCUGAGCCCACCAUUGUCACCAAGAUCCCUGCUUUCAGUGAUGUCAUCGGCCAGCGAAUGGAGUUCAGUGACAGCGACCUGUUGAAGUUGAACCGCCUCUACAAGUGUACUCAAGGCUCCACCUUCUUGGAUUCAUGCGACUUUGAACGUGAGAACAUCUGUGGGAUGGUCCAGGGGCAUGGGGACCAGGCCGACUGGGUGAGGGUCACUAAUGCUGCUGGAGGGCCCGAGACGGACUAUUCCAACAUGGGCAGAUGCACAGGAUCAGGAUACUUCAUGCACUUUAGCACUGGUACAGCCAACACUGGAGACACAGCUGUGCUGGAGAGCAGGCUUGUUUAUCCCAAAAGAAGUUACCAGUGUGUGCAGUUUUUCUACUACAACAGUGCUGGUUCCAGCGACACACUGAAGAUCUACGUCAGGGAGUACGAUGAAGGCAGCCCCAGUGGAAUUCUGCGCUUCAUCACGACAGUAGAUGGAUCUCCUCAAGAUUUAUGGCAGCUACACCAUGUGAAUCUAGAUGUGAAAAAAAAGUUCAGAGUUGUCUUUCAAGGGAAAAAGGAGGGCUCGGGGCCUGCAGCUGGAGGACUCUCAUUGGAUGACAUCAACCUUUCUGAGACCACCUGCCCCGAGUUUGUAUGGCGCGUGAAAAACUUUAGCCAUGUCAUGGAUAACACCCCAACCAACACUGCUAUCUUUAGCCCCUCCUUCACCUCCAAAGAGGGUUACACCUUCCAGAUGGCGCUUUACCCCAAAGGUAAGGACGAACACUCCAAGGAGUUGUCUGCCUAUGCUCAUCUGGUAGCCCGGGAGGGGGACACCGGACAAACAUGGCCAUGCCCCUGGAAACAGAUAACCAUGAUGCUGAUGGAUCAGCACCCACACAUUCAAAAGCGCAUGUCCAAUCAGCGCAGCAUCACAACUGACCCAAACAUGAAGGCAACAAAUUCUGAACUUUUUUUCUGGGAUGAUCCUCGGAAGGUUGGUGCUGAGGUCACGGAUACAGAUGGGUCCAAGUAUUUCCGCGGGCCGGGUGCUGGUACAACAGUGUAUCUAACCCACCUUAGAGCUAGGAGCAGAGACUUUAUUAAGGGAGGAGAUGCCAUCUUUCUUCUCACAAUGGAAGAUGUGUCCCAUCUGACCAUAUCCCAGCCUGUGACUUCCACAACCUUAAAACCUGCAACCACUAAUACCUCAGAUAUUUGCCUAAAUGUGCUGUGUCAGAAUGGUGGAGUCUGUGUCGUGGAUCAAGGGAAGCCUUCUUGCAGAUGUGCGGUGGGCGAUGACUGGUGGUACUACGGGGAUAGCUGUCAGUACAAAGGCUCCACACAGGAUAAAACCACUCUUGCACUGGCCUCAUCCCUGUCUGUGCUGGGAGCAAUGUUGGUGAUUACAGUAGUCAGCGUUCUCUGUGUGAAGAAGAAGUACAAGAAACGUGCUAAAAAUACUGGCUUAGUCUUGGAAAAUGUUAAUGCCAAUAAUAACCUCUAAUAACAAGUUGGACUUUUUCAGUGAAAACGUUACAGCUACAUUGUGAGAUCUGAACUGAAUCUAAUGUUGCAUUAGAUUGCCACCUGUUGGUCAAUGGACGUCAAAACCUGGAAUGGAUGUGUAAAUGAAAAUAUAAAAUGAAGCUUUUAUUAAUGUUGAGAUGUUUAGGUAAAAACUGUUAGGAUGUCAAAAAAUAAAGUCUCAGACAACAGUG